AUGCCUAUGCGUGGCUUCGUAGGGCCGCAGUACUCGAACGUGGGAUUCAGGUACGGGUACAUCGGCGUUCAACCAAACCCCACGGUGCACGCACCCGCAUCUGUCGUGACGCCUCCUGUCGCGGCGUCAACACCAUUCCCCAGCGCGAUUCAUCCGGAAAGCCAGCCAGCGGUGCAAGCCCCGCCAGACCCUAGAGAAGCAUUAGGUGUCGGUUUGGACACACGAGCGCGAACAGACGGCCCAUCAUCGAACGCAGUUGCCGGUGGUUUAGGGCAUGCGGUGAAUGGUGGAGCGGGGAUGAAUGCAAGCGUGCGUGCACAUUCGCCGCCAAUAUGGAACGUGAACUCACUGUUGCCCGAAAACCCCGACGUCCACAUCCGCACCCCCACGCAUCCGAUUGUAGCGUACGCGACUGGUGUAGGUGGGCAACCACAGGCGAACGCGGGGAACGCGGGGCGUGGAGCGGGUGCAAGCGGAAACGCGGUAAGGGGAAGAGGGACGGGUGCGAGAGGGAACGCGGGAGGAGGGACAGGGGAGAGAGGGAACGCGGAUAGAGGGAGAGGUGCGAUACGAAGGGGUGGGAGAGCGAGCGCAGGACGUGCGACAGGUGUGGGAGCAAACAAGAAUAGUGCGAACGGGCAGGGAGCGCAUGGGGUGACAGGUAGCGGCGGCAGGGGUAGCGGUGUUAACGCGAACGGCGGGUCCGGUAACGGGCCAGUUAAUAGACCGCGUAUAAGGAGGCGGAGAGUCGAUGUAGUGCCGCACACGGCACGCAAUGGCUCCUGGGAAGGGAGCGAGGGGACAAGCGAUGAGGAUGACGAGGACGGCGCUGACGAUGCGGACGAUAGUUGGAAUGACGAUGACGAAAACUACCUAUCGAACUCGCUGUCCGCGCUCAACGAGGAGGAGGCGGAAGACAACGAACGGGUGCGGGGUACGCGGAGGGACAUUGAGGUCCCUAUCGCUGAUUGGAACAGGCUAGGUGUGGACGACACGCCGGCCGCGAAACGAGAGAUGUGCUACGGAAUCCUCUACGGUGUCUCGGAGGCCACGCUGAAGAAGUAUCGCGGUUGGGCCAACGAGUACAAGCAGUUCGUGGCUCACGAGCUGCCUAAACUGGGCACGGGUAGGUUUGGUGAUGAGGCCGCGCUGAGAAACGCGAACCCCGACGAGAUUGGGGUCGCGCUCGAACAGAACAUGGGUGGUGACUGGAAGAUGGCGGAGGGCGACGAGCAGUGGUUCCACGGCCCUGGGACGAAUCCGUGGCGCUUACGCAAAUACGUGACCUUCCUCGCGAACGAGACAGUCGCGCAGGCGGACAGGAUGGCCACACUCAAGCGGCCGCAGAAGACCUUGAAGAAGAGGCGCAAGUGCACCCCGGCAAUGCUGAUGGGGCGUCUCAAGGCUUUGAACCUGCUCAUCAAGCUGGACGGGGCGAUCUUCAGGAAGCCCGUUCUGAACCUGCUGCGCGACUUUGCAGAGUGUCGCAUCUGGGUCCGCGUUCAAGUACGCGACCAAUACAAGCGGUUUAUCGCGACGGGCAAGACAAACAAGGACUUCUCGCUCAACUACAUAUCUUCUGUGAGGCACAUAGAUUGGACGCUGUGCGCGGUCGGAGCGACGCUGCUGUGGCUGCACUGGGUGUACGACUUGGUUCCCAUCCUCUAUGAGGACAUAGCCCCCCCUCUCGACUUCACGGAACCCUCCACGUGGGCUGGGGGGGCGCAGCACGCGUCCGCGGACGGAAUGCCUUCGGAUCAGCUGGCGAGGCUGGGGGGUUGGCGCUUCAUCGACGUGAUGACUAAGCACUACCUCACAACCAUUCCAAGGGAGGCCGUGCUGCUGAUGGCGGGCUUCACCGGGGUUGACGGUGACUACUUCCUGGGUCGCGCAACUGUUCCGGUCAACGAUAAGCUGGAUGAGCUACUGAGGAAGCACAUUUUCCCAUGGGCCGCCACGGACAAAGGACAGCAACAGUGCAAGGAUUACAACCGCAGGAUGGUGGAAACGCAGAAGCCAGAGAAGCAGGACACCGCGGGGCUAAACAUACUGAAGGAGCUGGAUGGGGACACUAGGAUGGCGGUCGCGCAAGACCUGGCGAUGUAUUACAUCCACCAGCCGCGACACCCGUACGUGGUCAACAACCCGCUCUGCCAGACGGAGGAAUUUGCGUCGUGGGCUGCAGAUGUCUCAUUGGCAAAUCAACUCGCCAUAGUACAACGCAACACACCUACACUGACCCAGCCCGCAGAGGUGAGUACCAGAAUGGACGCGCAGAACCAAGUGACCGUCCUCACUGAGUACCUGACUCGUUCACAAGCGGACAACACAAGACUGGGCCUGGAGUUGGUCGCGACUCAUAAACGGGUGAAAGAGCUGGAGGGGCUGCUGGAGGAUCGCGAUCGGAAACUGGCCGAGAAGGACGAGCGCGUGAAUGAUUUGGAAGCCCAGCUGUCGCGGCUCACCGUGAGCAGCUCAGGGCCGACCGCGGUUCCGAACCAGGCAACCACUCCUGGAGCCGCGGCCGCGUCGACCAAUGCCUCAGGUCCCACCGAGCAGGAAACGCGGAAGAAACCCGCAGCGCCCACCAGGGAACAGACGAUUCGGGACGCGAUCGUCCUUCCAUGGGUCAACGCCACCAAACCGUCAGACGGAUGGAAGCUGUACAAGACAACGCACCCGCUGAUCCUCGAGAGUCCAGAGUCGCUUCUGGCCCAACCCCGCGGCGCAGUUUCGCGAAUGGCCGCGCUCAUUGGGGAGGAGGGAGGCGGCCAGAACGCGAUAAACCGUGUUAAGCGAAUCAUGAACUUCAUCGCCCACAGGGUGGAGCAAGGAGACGACAUCGCGGUAGUGCUCGACAAGCUCGACCUCAUGUCAGGUGCUGUGGGCAUGUCGGGUGUAUCGGAAGGGAUCGCGGUAAAGAAGAAGAGUGUUGACAUGGAACUGAGCCAGCUCAAGAAGGGCUCUCCAGUGGAGGUGCAGUUGCGUGUGAAAUGGAUGCUUGUUCGCGACCGUCUCAUCAAUGCCUCUCUUCCCGCUUCUGAGUUCACGGUCGCGUGGCCCCAGUACUGUGCGCUCAUGCCAGACUUGCAGUAA